CGCGCUGCGUCACUUCCUGUGAGCGCGUUUUGAUCACUUCCGUUUUAAGGAGACUGUCAUGGCGGCGCCCAUAGCGGUACACCUAGAGUUCGGAGGAGGAGCUGAACUGCUGUUUGAUGGAGUCAAGGAUCACCAUGUGACACUUCCCAGCCAAUCAGAGCCCUGGGACUUGAAGCAGCUGCUAGUGUGGAUUCAGGAGAACCUGCUGAAGGAGAGGCCCGAGCUCUUUGUGCAGGGAGAUUCUGUGAGACCCGGCAUUCUCGUAUUGAUCAACGAUGCGGACUGGGAACUGAUGGGUGAGUUGGAGUACCAGCUUCAGGACCAGGACAAUAUCGUUUUCAUCUCCACACUUCAUGGAGGUUAACAGACUCUAAACAUUCUCACACACAGACACACACACACAGACACACACACACAGACAGUCACACACACACACACACACACACACACACAGACAGACACACAGACACACACGCACACAUACAUACACACCAUAUAUCCAUGCCUUUAUUCUCGAUGCUCUUCGCUACCCAUCCUCCAUCCUCCAACCUCUCGACCAAUCCAGUGAGCACGUCUUGAGUUGUUUUGAUUCUUUAGCCCAAUAAAACGGGCCGUCAGUGGAACACGGGUUGAGACAGGAUGGUCUCGGCCCUCUACCUGCCCCUCGGUUCGAUGGAAGGGGUCACAACUGGCGCAUUCAGAGGUCAUUCCGUCUAGCCGACGUGCAGAUGGAUUCUCCAGAGACGUUCAGCAAUCACUCACACUCUCGCUGCCAAACAGCAAAAUUUCCAUUUCAUUUAUUUACGUCUGGACAUCACGGUUUUUUUCUUUUCUCGUGAAUAAAUAAAUAUGAUUUUUAGUAUUUAUAGAAUGGUAUUUUUUUCUAUACAGAAAUGCAAUUUUUUUUGUUGAAGUAAAACAGAAAUUUUUAAUAAAUGCCUCGUUGAUGCUGAGGUUCUUGGAAAAAGUCAAAUAUAAAAGCUUAAGUCUAAAACAUUU